AUGUUCUACGACUUCGAAAACGAAAAGGAGAAAAAGGAGGUGGAGGAAUACGAAAUCAUCGUGCGGAAGAAUGACAAGAGACACAACUGGAUCAUCAUGCACGACGUGUAUUUGGACAGCCCCUACACGUUCGAGGUGCUGGACAAGAUGCUCUCACUGUACGUGAAUACCUACCCGGAGAAUGAGCUCCCCGUGGGAUUCAUUUUCAUGGGGGACUUCAUAAGCCUCAAAUUUGAUUACAACAGAAACUUCCACAAGGUGUAUAUAAAGGGGUUUGAAAAGCUAUCCGUUAUGCUCAUUUCGAAGUUUAAAUUGAUUCUGGAGCACUGCUAUUUGAUCUUCAUUCCUGGGAUAAACGACCCAUGUGCAUGCAAAAAUAGCAUUCCCAAAAUGCCCAUUCUACCAUACUAUAUUAGGAAGUUUAAACAAAACAUAGAGUCCUUUUUCUCCUCCAAAAGGAACAUCAUUUUUGCUACGAACCCGUGUAGAAUCCGUCACUUGAGCAAAAAAAUGAUCUUUUUUAGACACGACAUUUUAAAUGACUUAAUUUGGAGCUCCACCAUUAAUGCCACCAAUAAUGAAAGGAAUAAUUUGCAAAACAUUUUGGUUUCUACCAUCGUUGGGCAGAGCCAUAUCUAUCCCAUCCCCCAUGAUAAUCGCAUUCUGAAGAGGUACUCUCCUUUCCUUUUCCUGUACCCCCUCCCUCACUUCAUCUGCGUCUGCGACAAUUCUUGCAACAGCUUCAUUUCGUACGCCUCCGAGGACACCAGCGACUGCAUCAUUUCCAACUCGGACAUGUCCUUCACGCGCAAGAAGACCUUCACGGUGUACAGCGCCCUGCACCACGAGGCCAAGCGCUACGUCGUCCCGCUGAAGGGUCAAGACAAUUCUGCAGAUAUCCAGCACAGUGGCGGCCGCUCGAGUCUAGAGGGCCCGCGGUUCGAAGGUAAGCCUAUCCCUAACCCUCUCCUCGGUCUCGAUUCUACGCGUACCGGUCAUCAUCACCAUCACCAUUGA